CACAUACGAAAAGAGAGAGAGACGGAGACAGCGAGUGAUGCGUUGUUGCGUUCUGAAAGCGAGACGAAUAAAGGGUCGUCUUCUGCUAGAAUCUCCCUCUCCCUCUCUCUCUCUCUGUUUACAUACAUACCACAGAAAGUGCAAAACUAUAGCGAGAAUAGUUUAAAGAACGCAAGGGGUUUACGCUCUUUUUCUUUUUCUUCUUUUUCUUUUGAAGGGGUGUUCCGAGGAAAGUGACAGAAAUGUCGGUUUGUGGGAUUUCCAGGUCACCCUCUCGUGUUGUGUUGUGGUUGCUUUGAAUUGCCCUUGAGCAACCCGUGUCACCGUGUUGUCUUGCUAUCAAGCAAUGUGAUGAGGGUGUCACUGAAACCCUGCAGAAAACAGAGUCUCUGACUCUCUGUGUCUAUGGAAGAGAAUCACAUGAGCCUGGGUUGAAGGAAAAAAAAGGAUAGUAAAGCUGUUAGAAGUGUGUGGUGUGGAUGAGAUUUCAUCUUCUUUGGAGCUUCAUUGCGGUGAAAUUAUGAGCUUGGGUAAGGGUUGGUCUCUGCAGGAGAAGUUUGCGUUGGGAUUUUGGUGCUUGCUGCUGAAAAUUAGUGUGCUUUCUGAAGUCUGUUUCGGGGGCUGUUACAGAAGGCUGUUGAAGGAGCUCUACUGAUGAGGGGAUCCAUUUGUUCUUGUUCAUCGGCAACAUAAAGGUCUUACCAAAAAAAAAAAAAAAUUAUGCUUGCAGACCUCUAUUUUAGUCUUGAGGACGAAAAGUUCAGCAAUUGACAAGGACACAGUUUUAUAAUUUUUUGUAGAACCCACAGGGGCAUCUCAAGUGUCCACCUGCUAUUUCUGCAGCUGUUCAGUCUGCAAAAUAUUCAUCUUUUGUCUUGAGGGAACUAUGUGAUGUCUUGUGUGUUCUACUACCGUGACAGAGCAAUGGCAAAAACACUCAAUGGAUAUCUAUUUCUGGUUCUUGCCAUCAUUUUGCUCUCAAUUGGCCCCACGGAACAGCUUCAGUCUUCCCAGGCCGAGACCCUUCGGAGAAUUCAAUAUCUCCUGGACAAUCCACCUGUUUUAAGCGGCUGGAAGGACGGCACAGAUUUCUGCAAUACUGAGCCCAAUUCAUCUCUCACCAUCGUGUGCUAUGAAGAAAGUGUGACACAGCUUAUUAUAAUAGGUGAGAAUGGAGCUCCUGCAUUGCCUCAAAAUUUUUCCAUGGAUUCCUUCGUAACGACGCUGGUAAAGCUUCCUAAUUUGAAGGUCCUCACACUAGUUUCUCUGGGUUUGUGGGGGCCAUUGUCUGGUAAAAUUGCACGGCUUUCAUCGCUUGAGAUAUUCAAUGUGAGCUCUAAUUUCUUGUAUGGUGCACUUCCCCAUGAGCUUUCAUUUUUGAAAAGCCUGCAAACGCUCAUUCUUGACAAGAACAUGUUCUCCGGUCCACUACCAGAUUGGACUGGUAAGCUCCUGAAUUUGACCGUGCUAAGUCUGAGACAAAAUUCAUUUAACGGGUCUCUGCCUGAUGCUUUGAAUAAUUUGGAGAGUCUCAGAGUUCUCUCGCUGUCACAUAAUCAUUUCUCAGAUGAAGUGCCAGAUUUAAGCAGUUUGAGAAAUCUUCAAGUUCUUGAUUUGGAAGAUAAUGCUUUUGAAGGUCAAUUUCCGAAACUUGACAAUAGGUUGGUCACUCUCAUACUCAGCAAGAACAAGUUCAGAUCUGGGAUUCCUUCUGAACUGAGCUCAUAUUAUCAGCUUGAGCAUCUGGAUAUCUCCUUUAAUAGUUUCGUUGGGCCAUUCCUGCACUCUUUGCUAGUUCUCCCCACAAUUAUUUAUCUGAAUAUUGCGGGAAAUAAACUGACGGGCAUGCUUUCGGAAAAUCAGUCUUGCAAUGAUGAAUUGACAUUUGUGGAUUUAUCAUCCAAUCUUUUGACGGGAAGCUUGCCUGAUUGUCUGUCUGAUUCAAAGAAACGUGAUGUAUCAUAUGCUAAGAAUUGUUUGGCUGCUGAAGAUCAAGAUCAACAGCCACUUUCAUUUUGCCGCAAUGAGGCUUUAGCUGUUGGCAUAGUGCCUGGCCAGAAGAAGCGAAAACAAGCAACUAAAACAGUCCUUGCCUUGGGCAUUGUUGGGGGGACUUUGGGAGGAAUUUUGCUUGUCGGUCUGAUAUUUUUGGCUAUCAGAAGAACCAAUGCCAGGAAGCCAAAAAAAUCACCUCCUACGAGGCUGAUAACCGAGAAUGCGUCAACUGGGUCUGGGUACACCUCAAAGUUGUUCACUGAUGCCAGAUACAUAUCUCAAAGCAUGAAGCUGGGAGCACUUGGGCUUCCACCUUACCGAACCUAUUCUUUGGAGGAGAUUGAAGAGGCCACAGGCAACUUUGAUACAUCUGCUUUCAUUGGUGAAGGUUCUCAUGGCCAGAUGUACAGAGGUCAGCUGAAGAAUGGGUCUCUUUUAGCCAUCAAAUGCCUGAAAAUUAAGAAAAGCCAGAGCAUUCAGCACUUCAUGCACCACAUUGAGUUAAUUUCAAAACUUAGACAUCGCCAUGUUGUCAGUGCUCUUGGACACUGCUUCGAGUGUUACUGGGAUGAUUCGAGUGUGAGCAGAAUCUUUCUUGUGUUCGAAUAUGUACCAAAUGGUACAUUAAGGAGCUGGAUCUCGGGGCGGCGUGGUAGGCAAUCACUCACCUGGUCACAAAGGAUAGGUGCUACAAUUGGGUUAGCGAAGGGCAUUCAAUUUCUACAUACUGGGAUUGUGCCCGGCUUAUACUCUAACAACUUGAAAAUUACUGAUAUUCUUGUUGAUCAGAAUCUUGUUGCCAAAAUAAGCAGCUAUAGCCUACCGUUGUUAGCCGAAAUGGUGAAGGAGGGUAGUAAGAUGCCUUCUGGAGGAUCCAAGGAAAUAAUUGCUAGGAUGAAACACCAGGAUAAGACCGAUAUCUAUGACUUUGGAGUAAUCCUGCUAGAGAUCAUAUCAGGAAGGCCAUUCAAAUCAAACAGUGAAGUUGAUGUUGUAAAAGACCAACUACAGUCAAGUAUGAUGGGCGAUGAUACCACCAGAAGGAGCUCCGUUGAUUCUUCAGUUCGAAGAGCAUGCUCAGACCAAUCAUUGAGAACGAUGAUGGAAAUCUGCGUGAGAUGUUUGAACAAGGAACCCACAGAUAGACCAUCUAUUGAGGACGUGCUGUGGAACUUGCAAUUCGCUGCUCAGGUCCAAGAUGCAUGGCGUGGAGACUCACAGAGCAGUGAAGGGUCUCCGACAUCCCCUUCACGACAACCGAGCCUACAUCUCUCCAUCGGAUGAGGUUCUUAUUCUCUGUCCCAUCCUCAAUAGAACGUUAAGGGAAUUAAAAGAGCAACACAGGAAAACACAAGUAAAUCAAGACGUUAUUUUCAGGAAGAUUUUCCCCGCUGGUGUUCUACUAUAAUUUUUCUUUGGCUUGAUGAGUAUACAAUAGUUCAAGCUUCUCCUUGCUUGAUUAUGCUUUCUUGCAAUUUUGUAAGUUUCCUGUGCAACUCAAUGACAGUGUGCAUCCUGUAUAUUACAAGCUCUGUGAAAUAGAGAAGAAGCACUUUUCCUUGACUC